CAUCUUAACGGCCAAAACAACUCAGACACGCUUUGAGAACAGACGAUUGUGUCGCAUGCACGAGAAGAAAUUACCUAAAAUCUCAAUAUGGCUCAAACAAACUACGCUCUUGAUGCUGAUGAAAAACUGUCAGACACCAGUGAUGACGAAACAGAGCGUGAUUCUUGGGGAAACAAGGCUGAGUUUCUUCUUGCCUCGAUUGGUCUGGCUGUGGGAUUAGGAAAUGUCUGGCGAUUUCCAUAUUUAUGUCAAAAAAAUGGAGGAGGUGCAUUUCUUAUACCUUACAUCAUCUUCAUGUUCAUCGAAGGCGUACCUUUGAUGCUAUUAGAGUUUGCAAUCGGACAAAAGAUGAGAUGUACAGCGGUGAAAUUGUGGAAAAAUAUUCACCCAGCACUGUUGGGUAUCGGAGUAUGCUGUAUCUCUGUUUCAAUGUUCCUCUGUGUUUACUACGUUGUUGUAAUCGCAUGGUGCAUUUUGUACUUCUUUUCUUCCAUGCGAUCUUCACUACCUUGGCAAGGAGAUGAAGUCUGUGGUGAAAAAAUAUACGGCGGUUAUAAUGCAUUAAAAGACAAGGCCAAUGCAUUAGCGAGAAACAUUUCUCUUUUCGCAAAUAUUCCAAACGAAACUGCAGCUUUGAACGAAACCAGACGCAUGUUAAACACCACCCAACAUAAAAUAGAUACUUUUAAGGAUUGCUGUGUGAUUGACCCCCAGCAGUGGUAUUUCUAUACUCACACAUUGGAAAUUUCGACCGACAUCGAGGACUAUAGUAAAGGUUUGAACGGAAAAUUGGUGGGAUGUUUUAUUUUGGCCUGGGUCAUAGUCUACAUCUGUGUUGUUAAAGGGAUAAAAACCACUGGAAAGGCGGUUUACUUCACAGCAACAUUUCCAUACGUUAUCCUCAUCAUCCUCUUUUUCCGUGGUGUGACCCUAGAAGGAGCUGGCAACGGAUUAAAAACGUUCUUCACGCCUGAGUGGAGUAGAUUGAAUGACGCAAAGAUUUGGAAAGACGCUGCAACACAAAUGUUCUUCACUCUCAGUCUCGGAUUUGGUGCGCUAAGUUCAUUUGCCAGUUUUAUGCCUUACAAGAACCAGUGCAUGAGAGAUGCCUAUACGGUCGUGUUUGUAAAUUGCGGGACAUCUAUUUUUGCUGGAAUUGUGGUAUUCUCUAUUUUGGGAUAUCGAGAGAUACAAACUGGCAUCGACGCAGCACAGGUUGGAAGCGGACCUGGGCUGGCUUUCAUGACAUUUUCAGAUGCUCUUUUGCAAUUGGAUGUUCCUCAACUUUGGUCGAUUCUGUUUUUCUUUAUGUUGAUAUUGCUUGGCAUUGACAGUGAAUUUGGGACUCUGGAGGCGUCCGUUGGGCCACUAAUUGAUCUAGGACUGUUUCCAAAGACAUGGCGUAGAGAAAUCUGUGCAGCUGUUGUUGUUGUAUUUCUGCUGCUUGUUGGACUCUGCAUGGUUGCUGGGAACGGUUUUUAUGUCUUCCAAAUAUUUGAUGAUAACUGCGCCACUAUUCCGCUAUUGGUGAUAGCCUUGUUUGAAUGUAUUGCUGUCGCCUGGGUUUAUGGAAAUCAUAAGUUCGCGGACGACAUUGAAGAUAUGACAGGAAAACGACCAUGGAUUGGGUGGAUGAUCUGCUGGAAAUACAUUUCACCAUUAGCGUUAUUCAUUGUGCUUAUUGCAACUUUUGUUGAUUUGUCAAAAUCUCGCGCUAAUUAUGCGGUAUUCGUUGGCUGCGAACAGGAUCCGUUCAGUUCAAAAUAUCCUGGAGACAAGAAAUGGGUGGUGCCAAUGGAAUACCCGGGAUGGGGACAGUUCUUGGUGGCAGUUGUUAUCCUAUGUUCGACCUUGCCUAUAAUCAUUUUUUUGGUGUGGAAGUGGCCAAAGAAUUGGAAAACUUCGUUUUAUAACACCUUCUGCUCUGGCAUAAACAACUAUCUUCCAGAUCCAAAACCCGUUCACGAUUAGUUCGCUUUCCCGCUGUUCCAAUAUAGUGUCUUGAUGUUUUUGAGUCCUUAAGGUCUGUUCAUGUUGGAAGCUAAAUGCCAUGAUCGCCAUCUUGCCUAUAUCAUGGAGUUUACGAUUCACGCUGCUCGGCCAGCUCGCUUGCAAAACAAAGUAACGCCACCACAUGAGACAAAAAU